AUGUUGGGAUCCGUCACAGAGAUGCUUAACGAAGGCAUAGAAGCCCUCGAUGAGUUACUGGAAGGAUUUAUAAAAGGCAUCGAGUCAGCUGGUGGUGGUACAGCAAGUGAAGAAAGUGUACCGACGAACAAAGGAAUGGAUCCAGUGGAUUCUUUCUGGGGAGAAGUGCAGGCCUUCAUACACGCG